UAUGCGCAGGUUCCUAACACAUAUUGCUGGGGAACCUGCGUAUCUUUCCACAAGGCCUGGGCAACCCGGCCAGUUGUACUCUGGACUGGCUGUUGGGGGGCAGACCAUUGCCCAACUAAGGAAUCGAGUAAUGCGGUGCAGAGCGAUAGGCUUUGAUUAUCGAAUUGGUCGUGAGGUUUAUGUGAUGAUAGGGACCAACGACGUACGGAGAAAAACAUCUUUCCAUGUACUCAAGAAAGAGUUGCAACGGCUGUUGGAGGUGUUGAAGACGCAGGGGGUACGCCGCAUUAAUUUAUGCACCGUGCCCCGUCCACGGCAGCCCAGCUCCGUACGUUGGAGGUAUUCAAUGAAUGGAUCCGCGCGUACAGAGACCGUCGAGUCGUAAUAAUAGAUGUCCACGCCUUUAUGUACAACCGUCGGUAUUUUAAAAGGUAAUAAUAAAAUGUACUUUUACUAUAUCUAUUGCGCAAGAGUCUGUGAGGUAGCAUUCUGCAUGGGAUAUUUUGUUUUCCAAGGUCCGAUCCGCCACCAAAAGAAAUCAACGGUAUUAACACUAUAAAACUUUUAUUUGUUAACAUUUACUUGC